UGUGUGAGAGAGAGAGAGAGAGAGAGGAAGCGAAGAAUGCUGAGAUCUUGUGGUAGGAAAUCAAGAAUCAACACGACAGUUUAGGAAAAACAAAAAAAAGAAACAAAGGGAAGGGGGGAAGUAGUAUAUGGGGGGUGGUAAUACAUUCGUGGAUGGAUUUCGUCGCUGGUUUCAACGUCGUUCUACUACUACAACAACUACUACUAUUGUUCAUAGCAAUGCAGAUUCGAUCUUGAAUAGUAAUAAUUUUGAAAAAAAGCCCAUUCAUUUUUCAGAAGAAGAACUUACCAUUAUCGAAGACUUUGACAUUUCGGGUCUUAAACUUAUCUCAGUCCCCAAACGGGUCGAUUUCCCUUUUACCAUGGAUCCUCACAAAAAGAAUACACAGGAGGCGGAAUUCUUCACAGAAUAUGGAGAAGCAAGCAGAUACCAAAUUCAGGAAGUUAUCGGCAAGGGUAGCUAUGGAGUUGUGGCAUCCGCUGUUGAUACCAAAACUGGAGAAAGAGUUGCAAUCAAGAAGAUUCAUGACGUGUUUGAGCAUGUCUCUGAUGCCACACGAAUUUUAAGAGAAAUCAAGCUUCUUCGGCUACUACGACAUCCUGAUAUUGUAGAAAUAAAGCACAUCAUGUUACCCCCAUCUCGGCGAGAGUUUAAAGAUAUUUACGUUGUUUUUGAAUUGAUGGAGUCUGAUCUUCACCAGGUAAUUAAGGCCAAUGAUGAUCUUACACCUGAGCAUUAUCAGUUUUUUCUGUACCAGCUUCUGCGAGGAUUAAAAUAUAUUCAUACAGCAAACGUUUUCCAUCGAGAUUUAAAGCCGAAGAAUAUCCUUGCUAACGCUGACUGUAAAUUGAAGAUUUGUGACUUUGGCCUUGCUCGUGUAUCAUUUAAUGACACGCCAUCAGCUAUUUUCUGGACUGACUACGUUGCAACUCGAUGGUAUCGUGCUCCUGAGCUAUGUGGCUCCUUUUUCUCCAAGUACACUCCUGCUAUUGAUAUUUGGAGCAUCGGAUGCAUAUUUGCAGAAAUGCUCACUGGAAAACCAUUAUUUCCUGGAAAGAAUGUGGUGCAUCAAUUAGACCUUAUGACUGAUUUACUAGGAACACCUCCUCCUGAAACCGUUGCAAAGAUUAGAAAUGAGAAGGCCAGAAGAUACCUCAGUAACAUGCGGAAAAAACCACCUGUUCCAUUUUCACAAAAAUUUCCACACGUGGAUCCUUUCGCUCUGCGCCUACUUGAAUGCCUGCUUGCAUUUGACCCUAAAGAUCGACCAUCUGCGGAAGAGGCACUGGGUGAUCCUUAUUUCCGUGGUUUGUCAAAUGUGGACCGUGAACCAUCCACUCACCCAAUAUCAAAGCUUGAGUUUGAAUUUGAGAGGAGAAAGUUGGCAAAAGAAGAUGUUAGAGAGCUCAUUUAUCGGGAGAUUUUAGAAUAUCAUCCUCAGAUGCUUCAGGAGUAUCUUCGUGGCGGAGAUCAGACUAGUGGAUUUAUGUACCCAAGUGGUGUCGAUCGGUUCAAGCGACAGUUUGCACAUCUUGAGGAGCAUUAUGGUAAAGGUGAACGAAGCACUCCACUUCAGAGGCAGCAUGCAUCCUUGCCUAGAGAACGGGUUCCUGCACCAAAAGAUGAAACUUCUUCCCAAAACGAUGAUUUUGAAAAGCGAACUUCAGCAUCUGUUGCUUCAACUCUCCAGAGCCCACCAGGGCAAUCUGAGGGAUCAGAGAACUCAGAUGCUAAUAUGCAAAAUGGACCAAACAAGGCAAACUAUAGCGCUCGUAGUUUGCUGAAGAGUGCUAGUAUCAGUGCUUCAAAGUGUAUAGAAGUUAAAAGAAGCAAUACAGAGGAAGAGCCAAUUGAAGAACAAAGCGAGGAUGUUGAUGGUUUAGCUCAAAAAGUUGCUGCUCUCCAUGCCUAAUUUAUUACCAGCAUACGCAGUAGAUUUGACAUUUUGAUUAUAUACUCUACUAUAUAUCACCUUGUCCUGUAAAUCAUAAGCUUUUUUGGACGACCAACCUUUGAAGUUUGCUCCUGCAUUUCAGGCAGAAGCUAAUGGUAGGUUCUCAGUUGCUAUUAUUUAAACUAUAUGAACUUUUAUUUCAUAUACUCAGGAAGAGAAAAUGUUCUCCAGCUAUUUGUGUAUUGGAGAUUACACCUUUAUAUUAUUUUGUAAACUGUAGUUACUUGGUGACAAGUUGAAGUUUGUAAUGACUUGGUAUGAAAAAUAACAAUACACAAGUUCUAGCUUUGAGGGAUGCCUUUCUUUUUAUGA